UGUUCCGUGUGAUCGGGGUUUGCGGUCAGAUUCCGGAGUUUCGCCGCUCCGAGUAGGUAAGGGUCGGGUGAAAGUGGCUGUGGUGAGGUGGAGGCGGUUUCCUCCGGACCCUGACACCGUCCAGUCGCUUCAGGGUCUGUCCCCUUGCUCCGUCUCUCAGCCUGAAAAGUUCUCGGCACCGAGGAACUUCCCUGCAUCACGCUCGGCUGUCGAACAGGCCGGCAGUCUUGUCUCUGGGUGGCGAAUUGGGCUGACGAAGGAGUACACCUCUCCUCAUGUCUGAUCGACACAGCGUACCAAAGGGAAAGGGACCAGAGGAAGAUGAUAUGUUGAGCGGAGAUUUGGGUGACGGCUUUUAUAGGAAGCCUGGUGGGAUUUAUGACCGGCAACACAGUUCUGCUGCUGAGACUGCGAGAUCAAGACAAGGAUCAGACUGCAAUGGCGAUGCUUUUAGUAGAAGUGUAAACAAGGAUGAAUAUCCAUGUCAGCGUUGGAGCAAAACUGGCAGCAUUUCCGGUUCCUUCCAUCAGCUUUCGAACUCUGACGUGACUAGCAUCAGCAGACAAUCCAGCACUAUUGGUGUAGAUGUUGAAAUGACGAAUGAAGAACUAAAACUGAGGCUGCAGGAAGUUAUGCAGGAAGCAGAAUUUCUACGAUCUGAACUUGAAGUAACACAACAGCAACUUGAAGGGAAGUAUAAAGCCUUAAAAAUCCUUCAGAGCAUGGCAAUGUUUGAUAAAGCCACAGUUCACACAAAAACCUUGCUGCAAAAAACAGGAGAACGAAACAAGAUUUUGGAAAAGGAAGUGAAUAUAUUACAGUGGGAAAACGACUUCAAACAAGAUAAAUUUAAACAUUUGGAACAAUUCUGGAUUGAAAGACUUGAAAGGAUGUGCAUUGAAAAUACCGAACUCGCAAAAAAAUUGGAAGAAAGAGAUGCUGAGAUACGGGGUCUCAAAUCGGAAAAUGCACUACUGACCCAGCAAUGCUCCGAACUGUUAUCGAUGGUUAACGUACCAGAUCAACAUGCAUUUGAAAAAACACUGCCAAGAAACAUCAAUGGCUUUACUGAGAUCACAGCUUUAGAGCUGGGGGUGCUCGGAGCCUGUCACUGUAAGGGUAUCGGCGCGGAGCCUUGUGGCUGUGCCAGGAUGGCAGCCGUAACCCGAAAGCAGCUGUUGGCGCUGCAGCAGGAGAUUGAUCUUCAAAGAAAGCGUGAGGAAGAGGCGCAUCUUAUGGCUGAUGCAUUUCGAAGUGCCUUUGAACAUCAAUUGAAAAGGACAAAUGACCAAACUCUGCGACUUACUGAAGUAAGAAAACUGCAUAGAAAAUAUCUGAAGAAAGGGCUCGUAUGGACACAGUCCAAGCAAGAUCCUGUUGACAAAACGGAAGUGAACCUUGGGCAAAGAUUGAAGGGGCUGUUCAAUUCGUCAGCCGACUACAAGAAACUGGAACUCUUGGAUGACCCCCAGGAGGUGCUAAGGGUGCUUAUUGAGUUGUUAAAUGAUAAAGAGGAGGCUCUGGCACAUCAGAGGAAAGUUAGCUACAUGAUGGCACGAAUAAUUGAAGAACAAGGUCAAAAUAACUCGAAGAAUACUCCGACUAUUGACAGUUCUAAUGUUCUUCAAUGUCAGAAAAGAUCUCAAGAAUUCAAAAAUAUCUCUUGUCCGUCAGUUGAUCAAAGCUUAAGGGAGAACAGAACUGUUUUGAGGACGUAUUCCUUUCCUCCAAGUUACUUUACAGAAAGAUAAACAAAACAGAUAAUUUUAAAAAUAGACUUUCUCUGGCAAAAUAUUUAACGCAAUUGGAUGAAGCACUCCCUGAAAUGAAGUUGGUCAGAAAUUGCAGACUUUUAAUGAAUUUUAUCUAUUUUUUAAAAAGUCAACUCUUUAAAAGUACUGGUUUUAACUUUAUAACUGAACAGUCUCUUUCACUGCCUUUUCACUGGAAUCUUGUUAGUUUAUUUUUUAAAAAAGAGUUAAGCAUUUAAUAUGCUAUUUGAUGAAUUAGUGAUUAGCACUUUAUUGUAUUAUGACAAUUAAAUACCAUUUACCAUACAAUCUAGUAUAAACAAUGAAUACAAACCUGGGAAAAUCAUGAUCUAAGUAAUGCCGUGGCCAGUAAGACAGACUGAACAUUGUUUUCGAGUCUGGUCACUGAGAUGUGAUGGGAAGAAUGCAGGUGACAGACACGUGGAUGGUCCCACUUUGAUGAUCUCAGUUAUGUGAAAAGACCAAUGAAUUUUGGGUUCUGAAUGAAUGUAUCUUCAAAACUAAUUUUGUACAUAAAUGCCAAAUUGUUCAAGCUCUGUAACAUCAGUGCAAAUGUAGUUAACCGGUAAAAAAGCAAACUUAAUAUUUUGCAAUUGAUUAUUUUUGAAGUUUGGUUCAACAUUUUGUUUUCAUUUAAACAUUUUGCACAUACAGUGCAUUACAACCGUAAGACAUAGGCCAUUCAGCCUAUCAAGUCUGCUCUGCCAUUCCAUCAUGGCUGAUUUAUUAUCCCUAUUAACCCCAUUCUCCUGCCUUCUCCCCGUAACCUUUGACGCCCUGACUAAUCAAGAACCUAUCAACCUCCACCUUAAAUAUACCUAAUGACUUGGCCUCCACAGCUGUCUGUGGCAGUGAAUUCCAGAGAUUCACCAUCCUCUGGUUAAAGAAACUCCUCCUCAUCUCUGUUCUAAAUAUAUGUCUCUCUAUUCUGAUGCUGUGCCCUGUGGUCCUAGACUUCCCCUCAAUAGGACACAUCUCUUCACAUCCGCUCUCUCUUAGCCUUUCAAUAUUCGAUAGGUUUCAAUGAGAUUCCCUUCGUUUUUCUAAACUCCAGUGAGUAUGGAGCAGAGCCUCCUCGUAUGUUAACCCUUUCAUUCCCAGAUUCCUGUGAACCUCCACUCGACCCUCUCCAAAGCCAGCACACUUUUCUUAAAUAAGGGGCCCAAAGCUGCUCACCAUACUCCAAUUGCCAUCUGAUCAAUGCCUUAUAAAGCCCCAGCAUAUUUUCAUAUUUCAUGUAUGAAAGUAAUCUCAUAUUUUGCUUUUAUAUUCUAGUCUUUUCGAAAUGGAUGCUAACGUUGCAUUUUGCCUUCCUUAACUGACUCAACCUGCAAGUUAACCUUUAGGGAAAUCUGCAGAAGGACUGUCAAGUCCCUUUGCACCUCUGAUUUUUGAAUUUUCUCCAUUUAGAAAAUAGCCUGUGCCUUUAUUCCUUCUACCGAAGUACAUAACCAUACACUUCCCAACACUGUAUUCCAUCUGCCAUUUCUUUGCUCAUUCUCCUAAUUUUUCUAAGUCCUUCCGCAGACUCCCUGCUUCUGGAACACUACUGCCCUUCCACCGGUUUUUGUGUCUUCUGCAAUCUUGGCCAAAAGCCUUCAAUUCCGUCAUAUAACAGGAAAAGAAUCGGUCCCAACACUGUCCCAUGCAGAACACCACUAGUCACCGGCAGCUAAACAGAAAAGGCCACAUCUAAUCCCCCUUUUUGCUUCCUGCCAGUCAGCCAUUUCUUGUUCAUGCUAUUAUCUUUUCUGUAAUACCAUGGGCUCGUAACAUGUUAAGCAGCCUCAUGUGCAGCACCUUGUCAAAGGCUUUCUAAAAAUCCAUGUGAACAACAUCCAUUGACUCUCCUUUGUCUAUCCUGCGAGUUAUUGUCUCAAAGAAUUCCAACUGACGUGUCAGGCAAGAUCUCCUCUUAAGGAAACCAUGCUUACUUUGGCCAUUUUUAUUGUGUGCUUCUAAAUACUCCAAAACCCCAUCCUUAAUAAUGGAUUCCAACAUCUUCCCAACUAUUGAAGUCAGACUAACUGGACUAUAAUUUCCUUUCUUCUGCCUCCCAUCCUUCUUAAAGAGUGGAGUGUUAUUUGCAAAUUUCCAGACCUCUGGAACCAUUCCAGAAUCUAGUGAAUUUUGAAAAAUCAUUACUUAAGUAUUCACAAUCUCUUCAACUACCUCUUUCAGAAUCCGGAGGUGUAUCCAUCUGGUCCAGGUGUCUUAUCUGGCUUAAGACCUUCCAGCUUCCCAAAUUCUUUCUCUUUACUAAUACCAGCUACACUCAGUCCUGCCUCCUGACACUCUUGAAUUUCAGGCAUGCUGCUAGUGUCUUCUACAGUGAAGAUUGAUACAAAAUACUGAUUAAGUUCAGAUGCCACUUCUUUGUCCUUCAUUACGACCUCUCCAGCAGUCCAAUAUCCAAUCUCCAGCAGUAAAAUAUCCAAUCUCCAGCAGUCCAAUAUCCAAUCUCCAGCCGUCCAAUAUCCAAUCUCACCUCUCCUUUACUCUUUAAAUAUCUGAAAAAAUCUUUUUGUAUCCCUUUUAUAUUAUUGGCUAGCUUAUCUUCAUAUUUCAUCUUUUUCUCUGCUAGUGUCUAAUGCAGAGUCUAAGACUAAUGCAGAAUAUUUAUUUUGUUCACCAUUUCUUUUUACUUCUCCAGUGUCAUUUUCCUAGGACCUGAUAUCCACUCUCAACUAUCAUUUACUCUUUAUACUCUAUCUCUGAAAAAAGCAUUUGGCAUUGUCUUUUAUAUUAGUCAUAGUCAUACUUUAUUGAUCCCGGGGGAAAUUGGUUUUUGCUACAGUUCCACCAUAAAUAAUAAAUAGUAAUAGAACCAUAAAUAGUUAAAUAGUAACAUGUAAAUUACGCCAGUAAAUUAUGAAAUAAGUCCAGGACUAGCCUAUUGGCUUGCGGUGUCUGACCCUCCAAGGGAGGGGUUGUAAAGUUUGAUGGCCGCUAUUAUUGACUAGCUUACUUUCCCAUUUCAUUUUUUCUCUCCUUAUAGCUUUUACCUUUAUAUCAAGGACACACAAAUAGAAAUGGAAUAAUUGCCCUGUUAAUCUGCUCUACUUCCAACAAGUUAUGGUCUGAUUUUUUUGUGAUUUUAUUAUAGUUGUUUUGUAAAUGCUACUUCGCCAAUAAAUUUCCAGUUGCAGAUAUUUAUUGAAAGAUCGUGCGGCAGAGGAGAGGGAGAAAUUUAUCAUCAUAUCAUCAUAAGUGGUGGAAAAGAACUGGGUAAGCAAGUGAAUUUAAAGGCUGACAAUUCCUUUGGAUUUUACAUCUUAGAAUUGUUUUCAGAGACAGGGAUGCAUUGGUUAUGAGCUUCCAUAAUUUCCUGGAUUCUGUAGAGUUCUCAGCAUACUGGAGAAAUAUAAAUUUAUUGCCCUCCCCUUCACUUCUCAGAUCAAUAAUCAGAUUUGAUCAUUUGAAUGUGAAGAACAUAGAUUCUGCAAAAUAGAGAUGUGUAAAGCAAGAGGACAUAAAUUUGUCUGAUGGAAUAUAUGUGCAGAAACAAGAAUGUGGUCAGGAGAAAGUAAAAGCAAAAUAUUGGAGAUGAGAGGUUCUGCAGAUGCUGGAAUUCUUGAGCAACACAGACAAAAUGCUGAAGGAACUCAGCAGAACAGGCAGCAUCUAUGAAGGGGAAUAGGCGGUCGAUGUUUCAGGCAGAGCCCCUUCAACAGAACUGGAAAAGAAGGGAACAGAAGCCAUAAUCAACAGGAUAUUGUCUAAAUGGAGUGAGAUUACAGUAUGUGUGCCACGAUAUUUGAAACACUGAAAUUGGCAUACAGGUACAGAAAGUAAUUAGAAGGGCAAACAGAAUGUUGGCCUUUAUUGAAGGAAGAUUAAACCAAGGAGGGUAGUUUCAGAAUAAGAGGUUACUCGUUGAAGGCACAGAUGAGAUGGAAUUUGUUUUCAGGUUUAUCAUCCUCUGGAAUUCUUUAGCCCAGAGUGCUGUGAAGACUCAGCAAUAUUUUUGGAUUAUAGGUGACUUAGAGUGUAGUCAUGGUCAUACUUUAUUGAUCCCGGGGGAAAUUGGUUUUCGUUACAGUUGCACCAUAAAUAAUAAAUAGUAAUAAAACCAUAAAUAGUUAAAUAGUAAUAUGUAAA